AUGUCGCCCACGCACUUGUCUUAUGCCAUCUACGACGCCUUUACCUCUCGACGCUUUGGUGGUAAUCCCGCCUCAAUCGUCGUCCUUGAGCGUGAUCAUGGCCUGACGGACGACACGUUACAACUCAUUGGACGGGAGUUUCAGCUUUCAGAGACGGCAUUUCUAGUGCCCCUUGAAGACCACACUAACGAUGCUCCCCACUUCUCAAUUCGUUGGUUUACUCCACAACUCGAAGCACCCCUUUGCGGGCACGCGACUCUGGCUUCUGCAAUUCAUCUUCAUGCAGCAUUCCCCCACCUUCGGCCUCCCUAUCGCUUCGAGUCACGCCUUUCGGGCCAGUUUACUAGCUGGUUUCCUGAUGUCUCACCUGAUGCCCUCAAAAGCGUCUCAAAAACGGGCCGCGGAUUUCUCGUCGAGGUCGCCGAGUCUGUUGACGUUGCAAACGUGCAGCCAGAUCUAUCCGCUAUUGCGCGAGACAUCACUGGCCAAUGUGUUAUCACCGCACCACACACUCCAACGGACACCGACCCGUCUCGCGUUCAUUCGCGUAUGUUUGCUCCUGGGAGUGGAAUCAAUGAAGAUCCAGUGACUGGCUCGGCGCAUACCCGAAUAGUUCCCUACUGGUUGUCAAAGUGGGGUGGCGCCAGUAUAUUGUGCCGUCAAGUCAGUGCACGCGUUGGGGAACUAGAUGCUGUCUGGCUCAGAGAUGCCGGACGCGUGCUACUCCGGGGCAAAGGUGUUAAAGUGGCCGAGGGGACAUUGUUCAUUUAG